UGGUAUAUCGUUUCGAGGCCAAGUAGUGGGAGAGUUUAGUUAUACACUCGCCGAAGGAAGAAACCAACAAUCUCCCGCCAGUUCGCAUUCAACCUUCGCGUUAAAACGGUGUUUAUACACUUAUUUUUUUUCUCUCUCUCUCUAUCUUCCCUUCCCCGUUUUUGAUCUUCUGUGAUUUUUAUAUAUAUUUCUUUUGAAAAAAAAAGAAAUUUCCUAAUUUUCCCAAAAUUAUUGUGCGUCAACCAAAUUUUUAGUGAUUUUAGUGAUUUGGAUUAGUACAGCAGAAAACCAGUGAAAUUUCAGAUAAUUGGAUUUAAGAUGCUUUAGGAUUUUUUUUUUUUUAUUUUUUUUUUGAAGAAAGGCAAAAUUCCGUUAAAUAUAUUUAAGCCAGUGCCAAGGUCAACGCUCUCCCGCAGGCCCGAAAAAACAAAUCCUCAUUCCAUCUCGCUUCACUUUAUUCUGAAUCAAGAUAUUGGCGGUCUAGAAUUUCAGCGCAUCGAAGAAGAAACGUAUUUACAUCUCUCUCUCUCUGUUUGAUAUAGGCCUUCUCUUGUGUAUGUGUUUAGUGUUCACUGAUUUAAAUAGAUUGUGCACGAUGGAGACGUGUCGCGAUUUCAAAGGUAACGUGAAACGAUCAGACUUGCGGUGACGAAUUUAAAAACACAAGGAAUCAACAAAACAAAAGCCGGUUUUCUAGAUAUAUAAUAAAAAAAAAAAUUUUUUUUUUUAGUUUAGAAAAGAAAAAAAUAAUCAGUGAUUAAAUGUGUGCUCUUUAUCGUCCCUGGAAUAUAAUCGAGGCAGAUUAGUUGCAAGGUUAAUUUUCAAUGUGUUGUGUAAAGAAUUAGAUUUUUUUUUAAAAUGGAAAUACUGGAUAAAAGUGAUGUUGUUGGUUUUUUGAAGAGAUUAUUCUCUAAUUCAAUAGGAGAAAUUUAUGUGAUUUGUGUUGAUUUUUAAAUCAUGUGGUCACAUGAACAGAGACAAACGGAAUUCACAUUGGAUAACUCGCAACAUUCUGGAUUGUUUGAUAAUAAUAAUGAAAGUUCAGGUCAUCAUACCACCAUGGACAUCUCACCUGGGCCAAGUAACCCUCGAGCCUCGAGGAAUUUGGCGGAGAAGCAACGACGAGAUAACUUGAAUUCAAACAUCUCGACAAUGGCAUCUCUAUUGCCAAUGGUCGCAGGAAAUUCGCGAAAAACAGAUAAGAUCUCUAUUUUGAGAUUGGCUGGUGCUUAUCUCAGAUAUACAUACACUCUUGGACAAGGAAAGGUCGGUUUUCUUCCACAAAGAUUCAAUUGUAUGAAUCUUGAGCAGUUUAUUAUUGAUAGCAUGUGCGAUAAUGGAGGAUUUUUCGUUGUUGUCACCAGUACAGGAAAAAUUGUUUAUAUCAGUCAACAUGUGGAACAACAAUUAGGACAUGCCCAGGCGCAAUUGCUUGGCGAGUCAUUGUAUAAUUAUGUAUGUCCCGAGGAUCAUGAGGAGUUAACGAAAAAUUUUAGUUUUAAUAAUGACGCUCAACAAAAUUCGAAUGUGAGCGAUCAAUUGGAUGAGAGUUCAAAUUCAUCGGACGAUUUUUCCUUUAAAGAAGAGCAAAGAAGGAGCUUUAGCAUUCGUAUUGCUCAGCGAACUGUGUCUAGACGUGAACAUAUUCAAUAUGAAUGUUUUCACAUUUCCGGCAGUCUCUGUCUCGCCAAUGCCUGCAGAAAUGCCGGUUUAAAUGUAAACAGAUUAUGGCAGCGAGAAAACAAUGGUACGAGUAACGAUAUUAUUUUCAUUGGCAUCGCUCGUAUGUUGAAAAAGAGAACAAUCACUGAACUUUCACUAUUGGAGGCUGAUAAAGAUGAAUACGUUACACGACAUUUGGUUGAUGGACGUAUAAUUUUUUGCGAUCAUAGAAUAUCGGUAGUUGCUGGCUAUAUGGCUGAGGAGGUUUCCGGUAAAAGUGCAUUUGCAUUUAUGCACAAGGACGAUUUUCGAUGGACGAUGAUUGGUCUCAGACAAAUGUACAAUAAAGGCGAAGGUUUUGAGCACUCAUGUUAUAGGCUCGUGGCAAAAAACGGUGAAUUUAUUUAUUUACGAACGCACGGCUAUCUUGAGUUUGAUAAAAAUACUCAAACCGUCGAAUCGUUUGUUUGCGUCAAUACCCUUAUGUCACGAGAAGAUGGAGAGAAACUUAUGAAAGACAUGAAGAAAAGAUUUUCAGCAACAAUAAACAAAAGUAUAGAGGAUGGAAGUGAUUUAGCGUUAACUCUCGAGGAUGAAUUAGACGAUGAAGAUGAUGAAGGAUCAAAUGCAGUUGCCGGCGUUGAAGAUCCAGCGCAACUUGAAGAUGCAAUUAGCAAUCUUAUAAGCGAUUUACCAUCAGCAGCAUUAACAAAAGAACGUCUUGCUCCAUCACCACUUCCCGAUCCACAAUUUUAUAAAGCGGCAAUAUUUUCCCAACGUUUACCACCUGCCUCCGAGCAAGUCAGUCGAAUGGGAAUUAAAAAUAUUGAACACAUUUCCCGUGGCAAGGGAAAAGGUUCAAAAAGUCCAAAAUCAACGACAACGACACCUGUUAAAAAAUCAAUUUAUCCAGAUAAAAAAAUUCCCGAACUUGAUUGUUCAAGUCCAAUAAUGGAGAGUCAGGCAAAAACUCCCAUUGCUGAAAAAAAAUUGCCAAUUGCUGAGAAAAUAAUACCAGAACAUUCUUGCCAUUCGAGUGACGAUAUUGUUUCUGAAUUAGAUACAAAUUCCUAUGUUAGAACAUCAGUUGUACGUGAAUUAAAACCAUUUGAAGUAAAAUUGGAACAUGUUGCCGAUAAUAUUGGAGUGGAUUCUUUGCUCAAUGGACAAUGCUCGAGUGAAAAUAUCGAUAUUAAUUUAAAGAGACGUUACAGCGAGGAUAUGAAUUCAAAUGCAAUUGGUGGGAAAAAUUUAACAGCUGAUAUUGAAUCAUGUUCGUCAAUUAGAAUUUUAAAUGACGACAAUGCAGGAACAUCGAGAAAAUUACAAAUUAAUUUAAAACGACGAUUUAGCGAGGAGGACAAUGAUGAGAUUGAUGAGGGGGGUAAUUCAAAUGUGAAUUCAUGUAAAAGACUGCUUAAAGAUUCAUAUUCAACAACAAUUGAUGAUGUUAAUUUGGAGCCAACAAAUUUUGAUAAUAAUAUUGUUAGUGAUUGUACAACACAGCAAUAUACUUAUCUUUAUAAAAGUUUAAAUGACGUUGAAGUUUCGGAAAUUAAUUUACAAGAUUCAACAAGUGGAGAAUAUUCGCAAAUUGAUCCUUCAUUCGUUAUGCAAUCGUCUGAUGAACUUUUGGAUUUGCAGGGAUUUCAGGAUAUUCCUAGUGAUAUGCUGUCGAGUCCUGGUUUAGAAAGAAAUUCAGAUUGGAUGAGGAUAAUUGACAAUUUGCGACCUGUGGUUAAUAUUGAAAAUAAUUUUGGAGAAUCGAGUGAAGAGCAAUUUAUCGUAAACGAUGAUGUGCUCAGUGAAGAAAUAACAAGGAGACAACUUCAACUUGUUAACGGAAUGGAAAUGUGCGAGUCACAAUUUAAUGCAAUACAACGUAAUUUAGAUAAUCCCGCUCUUCAACCGCAAAGAGACAGAUUAAUCCAGUUGCAGGCGGAUCAUAAGGUACAAAAGCAAUUACUAAAAACAUUGCAAAAAGAGCACCACAACAUUCAGUCAAUUAGGUGGUAAAAAAAGUUUUUGUGACGAAAAUUUUCCAGUAAUUAAGUUUUAAUUGAAGUCCCAGUUGACCUGUAUAAAAAAAAGAGACUAUCGAAACGAUAGCAAAAUUAAAGAAAAAAAAAAAAAAAAGUGUUAUUCCGCAAAAAAGGAGAGAAGAGAAGAAAAAUUGAAUCUUUCAAAGAAAGCUUCGCGGAGUAGUAACGUUGUUACUUUUGUGAGUAUCAAAGUUGUAAAAAGUUUAUUAAAAAAAAAAAAAGUCAACAGCAUAAAUUAAGGAAAAGGUGCAAUGCCCUCAUUACGCCAUAAGUUACACUGUGUCUAGUCGAAAUAGAAAAAAAGAAACAAACAAACGCGUUAAACAGAAAAAAAAAAAUCUGUUGACGAUGACACACACACACACAUCCUUUCAAUGGAUAAAAAAAAAAACAAAAUACUAUGUCACAGUUGAAUAUUAAAAAAAAAAAAUCUUGUAAAUAUUUCCUAUUUUAAAGAAAAAGUUUGAAUAACGUGUAAUAAAAAAAAGAAAAGGGGGAUCUCAAAGUCGUUAAAUGGAUCGUGAAUGAAAGUGAGAGAAUCAAUAUUUAAAAAACUGAAAAAUUUUCUUCUUGUAGUUUUUAUCAAGAGUCCUGUUAAAGACUCACUUCUUUUUGCGGUGGAUGUUUUUUUAACGAGACAAAAGUUCUCAAAUACAAUAUUUAAUCAGUCAUGGGAAUAAUUUAGUUACUUAAUUAAGUAACUAGUUAAUUUUUUUUUUUAUAACAAUAGUAAUAAUUUAUUUUUAUAAUAUAUAAAUAUAUAUUAAUUUUAUAUAGAAAUAUUAUUUUAAACGUCAGUUUAAAAAAAAACAAUGGCAAUAUCUCAAUGUGAUUCUUAUUAUUUUAUAUAUGAAAAUAAUAAUGUUUGAAAAACAGUCUUAGCUUAAGGUGUUUCUUUUUAUAAAUAAUAUAUAAAAAUGUUACAAGAGAAAUGUAACAAAAAUUUGAUUUUUUGAAAAUUUUGAAGAAAUUUAAUUUUCUAUUAAAGUGGAAUAUUAUUUGAAGAAAAUAACAUUGCCCAUGACUUGAUUACAAUAUUUAAAAAAAAAAAAAAAAAAAAACGUUUUGCUAGGCAAUGGAUUGUUUUUACCACCGUUUCAAUAAUUGGCUCGUCGUAUUAUGAAAAUUUUGUCUGUAUAAUCAAAUUCAAUAGAUUGUGCAUAAUUCUUAUUAAAAGAAAAAGAAAUUUACAAUUUAACGUACAAUUUAACACCAUCAGUUCCAAAAAUAUUGAUUAUUUACAAAACAGCCGAAAAUAAUUUUCAAUUGCAAUUACAAAAAGUUAUUAAUGAAGAUUUUUCUAAAUUUUUUUUUUUUCAACAAUACGGAAAAGUUUAUUUUUUUAGAAAAGAAAAUUCAAUUUUAUUUAUUAAUGUAAUUUAUUUUAGGCUGUUUUAAAUAUAGCAAUAUUUUUGGUUUUUUUUUACAAUUCUUACACUAAAAGAAUUAAGGAAAUAUUUGUAUAGAGCACGACUACUGCGGGAUAAGAAACUUUAAUAACAGUAAUUUUUGACUAAUUCGAAUUAUUUUUUGUUUAAAAAAAAACAGCAAUAAUUUUAUUGUUUAUUAUUUCUUAAAGAAAUUAUUCGUUUUUUUUUUUUUUUUUGACGUUUGACAAAAAAUUGAAUUUGUUUUCGAAAUCUUUAUUUUGUUUAUAUAGAGACUAUUUUUUUGUUUAUUUAGAAUUAUAUUUGGCUAUAAAGAAAAAUUUAUAAGAAACUAUUGUUGUUGUUGAUAAAUUCGUCACGUCAAAAAAAAAAAAAAUUUUGAAAUUACUUUGACUUUUUGGAUUGUUAACCCUUUUGGAAUCAUAAAUGACAAUUUUGAAAAAAACAUUUAUGUAAAUUUUGAAGGGUUAAAAAAAAAGUUUUGCUCACUUUUAAAAGCUAUUAUAUUUUGAAAUAUGGCUUUAUAAUUUUUAGCUUAAUAAUUAUUAAUUAUUAAUUAAUGUAUAUAUAAUAUUUUUGCGUAUAUUUGCAAUAACAAUUAAUUUUAUUGAUCUAAAAAUGGAAUUCCUUUAAAGAAACUGAAUUCUAGAAAAUUAAUUUUAUGGUAAAUAUUUUUUAAAGAUUGAAAUUAUAUUUAAAAGAAGGAUAUCAAAAUAUCUAAAAAAAAAAAAUAUAUAUAUAUAUAUGAUUCUCUCUCGUAACGACGAAAUUAAAAUUACAAAUUGCGACAAAAAAUCUCAAAAAGAUAUUAUAUAACGAUUUUUGUUGCUAUUAAAAAUAGGAAUUUGAAAAAAAAAAAACUUCAAAAAUAUAAUUUUUUGAUUAAUUAAAUUUUUAUUUAAUUCUUAUAUAACACAAAAUUAAUUUACUGUGGUUAUUGUUAAUUUCGAUGGCAAUCAUUUUUGUUUAGAAAAAAAAAUACGAGAUAUAUUGUAUGACAAUUUCCCAGUGGCAUUGUUACAGUGUAAAAAAAAAAAAAAACAACAACAAAAAUAAUAUUUAACAUCCUGCAGCGAUGUCGUGCAACUAAAAAUAUAUUUGUAUUUUAUCUACUUUGUAAAUACGUUACUUAUUAGAGUAGAGAUUUCGAAGUUUAUAAAACUCACGAUUUCUUUAUGUAAUGAAAGUAAUUUUUUUUUUAUUUACAUUUUUUUCUAAAAAUAUGUUUUUUAUUAUUUUUUUUUAUAAAAAAAAGAAUUCAAUGAAUUUACAAUGUUAAUAUUCUCAUUAAUGAAUUGUUUAUCUAAUUUAUAAGAAAAUUUCAAAAAAAAAAAAUUUCGAGAUCUUUAUUCUAGUUAAUUAUAUUUUAUAUAUAUACAUCGUUGAUUGUGGAUUUGUGAAUGGUUUUUUUUUCUUUUCUCAUAUAUAUGUAUAUAUAUAUUAGAAAAUAUAAGAAACAGAAAACAUUCUCACAAUGAAAAACCUGCAUGACUCAGAUGUUUGUUAAGAUUUUUACAAAAAAUCCUUUCAGUCUGAAUGUGACGUAAAUGAAAAAAAAAAAAAAAAAAAAAAAAAAAAAAAAAAAAAACAAAAAUUCUUAAUGUAUGCGACAUUCAUUGUAUAAUCCAGCGAAUAGCGAUUUUCUUUGAAUUUCGAAUUUUUCGAGUUUAUUUUGAAAAAAAAUUGUAGCAAUCAUAAAAAAAAACUCGAAAAAUUCAACUAUUGCAAUUGAAGUCUUGCAAAGGGACAAAAAAAAAAAAAAGAAAACUAAAAACCCGGUAGAAAAGACAUAUACUUUCUCUUAUUCUUCAAAUAUGUCGAAAUAUUUCAAAUGGGACAAAAAUUUGUAAUUUUUUUUUUCAGUAAAAAUUUAUUUUUCAUUUGAAAUAAUUUUCGAUUAACGGGCCUAAGUUUACCAUAAUUUGAAAUCCGUGGUUGUGGUCAGUUUUAAGUGUCUGUUAAUGUUAAUGAAAGAAAAGAAAUAAAAAUAGAAGGGAAAAUUAAUUUUUUAAGAAUUUUAUAAUUAAAACUUUAAUUUCAAAAUAUUUUUUUUUUUAUUAAUUUUUCAAAAUUAAUUCGCAGAUAAUUUUUUUGAAAUACUAUUUUUUUUUUUUUUGGAAAAGUUUUAUUUAAAAUUGUGUUAUAAAAUUUGUAUCAUAAAAAAAAAUUUUUUUCUUUUAUUAUUAAUCAAACAGACCUUAAUAAUCGAAAGUAUUCGACACACCUUACUGAUACCGCUUUCAAAGUCUAUUUAAUGAAAAAAAAAAAAUGACUAAUUGAAUAUUUGAAAAAUUAAGAUCGAGGAGCCUUUCCCAUCUGCGUCUUUAAGGGCGCGUGGCGUGCUGAAAGUAUCGCAAAUUUGACAAAAAAAAUUAAUUAAUCAAACAAUUGUAACUACGAGCGAUCGUUUCCUUAAAAGAAAAAAAAAAAAAAAAAAGCCGCUUCCUACCUCCUUGUAAAUACUGCGAAAGCGAAAUGUAAAUAUUUUUCAAUGGAUAUUCUUUGCUGAUUAUUAAAUAAUAAUAAUUGUUUAGAAUGGCUAGAACUUCGCUUUGUUCAAAUAUUCGACAAAAAAAAAAAUUUAAAAACCUUUGCAUUAAUUAAUGAAUUUUUCAGUUGAAUAGUUGCAAAAUAAUCAGUAUUACAAAUUUUAUUUUCUAUACUAAAAAGAAAAAAAAGAAAAUCACUGUCAAAUUUUUUAUAUGCGCACGUUUUUUUUUUUUUUUUCUUUUGUUAUUGUCAUGUGUGAUCUUUCUUAAGAAUGCAGAAAUCCAUUUCUUAAAAUGUAAAAAAUAAUAAUUAAGAUUGCCGUGCGUGUUGUAAAACGAACUUAAAAUAUAUUUGAAGUGUAAUUUAUUUUUCUUUUUUUUUUUUGCAAAAAGAAAAUUGAUGUAGUGCGCAAAUUUCGGAAUAUUGGAACUUGUGCAAUAGCGUUUUAAAAAAAAAUUGUCUGUUCCGAUUUUUGUUUUUAAAAAAAAAAAAAGAAA